GUGAUGAGGAUGCAGAGUUGAGGGGUGGCGAUACAGUGGAUUUGUACGGAGAUGAUGAUGGUACUGAUAACUGCGUGGUUGAUGAUAACGGUAGUGAGGAUCAGUUCGAUGUGAAUAACGAAGGCAAUUCAGCAACAUAUGAAAAUAUCGAAUCAGCAUUAUUGACGUCUGAUCAGCAUGAAUCAUCCAUUGAAAGUGAUACUGGAGUGAGUCAUGAAAUUCUCACUGAUGAUAAUCAUCUACAGUUGAGUGAUAGCAAUGAUACCGCUUCAAAUUAUGAUGGAUCCACCAAAAAUGAGAUCAAAUUUGAUACUAGCUCGAGGAAGUGGUCAACCAGAAUGAUAAUACCGCGAGAAAUGAUUCGAUUCAUAGUUGGUGUGAAAGGAUCGACGAAAAGGAAGUUGGAGAAUGAAACCGAUUGCCGUAUUGUUUUACCGGAUCAAAAAUCAAAGACACAACAAUCAAUUGGGAUAAUCUCAACGAAAUCUGAGGAGAGUGUGAGUCGAUGUAUAGAUCGAAUCCAGUUGUUGAUUAUGAAUAAACGCGAACGUUCCGCAUAUACACACUUCAUCGCAAUCCCUUUGAAUUCAACCGAAAUUCAGCAAUCAUUCAACCAAUUCAUUGAUCUCAUCCACAACGAUGAACAGUUGCCGAACACAUGCCGUGAGUUGAGUGUGUUCCAAGCACCUAUAAAACUGCAUAUAACAGUUGUGAUGUUAUCGUUACUGGAUAAGAAUGAAAUCGUCGAAGCAACGAAUACAUUACGAAAACACGCGAAUAAAUGUGUUGAAGAAAUGAUUCGAGGUGAAGGAAUCGAAGUUGAGAUGCGAGGACUGGAGUUCAUGAAUGAUGAUCCAUCGCGUGUUCGUGUUCUUUUCGCUAAAAUACACUCAGAAAGAUUGCAACAAUUGGUCGAUGCGAUUGCGGAUGGCUUCGGUGAGGUUGGUUUAGCACCGAGACGCCAGGAUCGAGUCAAGAUUCAUUGCACGUUGAUGAAUACACGAUAUGCGAUCGAAAAGGGCAUAAAAGAUAAUGAUACUAUGGACGUGAGAAUGCUGAUGGAGAAAUAUGGCGAAUUUUAUUUUGGUCAUGUUACACUCUCUGAGGUGAUUUCUAAAUUUUUAUUAUUAUCAUCACCGAGUGGCAGUGAUAUGCCACAAGUUGGUGUUAUCAAAUUCAAUGAUAUCACUAAGAAAUGGUCAACCUGUGUGGAAAUGCCGAAGGAGAUGCGUUGUUUUGUGAUCGGUAAGAAAGGUCAAAUGAAGCGAAAGCUUGAAGAAGAGACCGAAUGUCGACUGGUGUUGCCGCCGAAGAAGAAGAAAUUAUGUCCGAUCAGUUGGUUAUUCGCCAUUUCAUCUCACCUCAUUGAAUCUCUUCAUGAUGAACACUUUUCAAUGUGCACUUUGCAAAGUCGCGAUGAUUUUUGCAAUUGCCGAAUCGGGAUUAAAUCCUGA